AUGGCCAUACCUUGGUAUGCGAGCAGAUCGGAUAGGUGUUCUGCUGGACUGGGAUUGGAGCAUGUCGGGCACAAGGUGGGUGCUCUGGGCAUGGAGGCUCUUAUGAGUUUCUAUUCCAAGGUUGUCGAGCUCGAGCUGAGCGCGCCGAGCUUGGAAGAGGUGAAGUUCUUGGGUCAUGUUAUUUUAGCAGAAGGAAUUACAGUUGAUCCGGCUAAGGUGGAGUCGGUGUUACAGUGGGAAUGCUCAAGAACUGUCACGGAUAUUCGAAGCUUUGUGGGUUUAGCGGGUUACUAUAUGAAGUUCAUUAAGGGAUUCUCCAAAAUAGUAAUGCCUCUAACCCAGUUGGCUAGAAAGGACUAUCCUUUCAUUUGGACAGAUGCAUAG